AUGAGCAUAUGGCACGGGGAAAACAGGUUACCAAUCCUCCAGGGUGGCACAUUCAGUUUCAUCACACCAACCCUGGCAAUUCUUGCAUUACCCAAGUGGCAGUGUCCUGUGCCAAAUGCACCUGUGAAACCAUUGGUGCAGUUUCAUAAUGGCACCAGUCCGCUACAAAUGGAAAAUUCAGAUGAGGUCUGGAUGACAAGAAUGCGUGAGAUCCAGGGAGCCAUUCUGGUAUCCUCUCUCCUUCAGCUCACACUAGGCUUAUCUGGGCUGGUGGGCCUUGUGCUAAGAUAUAUUGGUCCUCUGGCUAUCGCUCCCACCAUCAAUCUCAUUGGUCUGUCACUGUUUACUGAGGCUGGAAAGAAGUCUGGAGGCCACUGGGGAAUAGCUGCUCUCACAGUGGGUCUGAUUCUACUGUUCUCCCAAUAUCUCAGCAACGUUGAUGUUCCAAUGGUUUCUUACAAGAAUAAAAAAUGGAUGGUGUUCCAGUAUCCACUCUUCAAGCUGUUCUCUGUUUUGUUUGGCAUGUGUGGUGGCUGGCUUAUCUGUUUCUUGCUGACCAUUUUUGAUGUCCUGCCUUCAAAGUCUGAUAAGUAUGGCUUCUCAGCCAGAACUGACAUAAACCUGGAUGCUGUUACAAACUCUCCAUGGUUCCAUGUGCCUUAUCCUGGCCAAUGGGGUGUGCCCACAGUGAGUUUUUCAUCAGUGCUGGGUAUGAUGGCCGGGGUCUUGGCAUCGACCAUGGAAUCUAUUGGUGACUACUAUGCUUGUGCUCGCUUGUCUGGUGCCCCUCCACCACCCAUACACGCUGUCAACCGAGGCAUCGCCGUAGAGGGUAUUGGCUGCAUACUUGCUGCUCUGUGGGGAACUGGAAAUGGCACCACUUCCUACAGCCAAAACAUUGCUGCACUGGGCAUUACAAAGGUUGGUAGCAGGCUGGUCCUCCAGACUACUGGAAUUCUGAUGAUCAUCCUGGGAAUCUUUGGAAAGUUUGGAGCAAUUUUUAUCACUAUCCCAGAUCCAGUCAUUGGGGGCAUGUUCCUUAUUAUGUUUGGAAUGAUUGCAGCAGUUGGGAUAUCCAACCUCCAGUAUGUGGAUCUUAACUCUUCACGUAACCUCGUCAUCCUGGGCUUUUCAACCUUCAGCGGUCUGGUUCUACCCACCUGGUUUCAAUCCAAUCCUGGCAUCAUUGACACUGGAAUAAAAGAGCUGGACCAAUUGAUUGUAGUGCUUUUUACCACACAUAUGUUCAUCGGUGGAUUUUUUGGAUUCAUACUGGAUAACACCAUUCCAGGUACUGACAAAGAGAGAGGUAUCAAGAGCUGGCAGGACAAGGUGCAAGAUGGAAGCAAAAACAUGCAUGACCAGUCAUGCUAUGAUAUACCUUUCUGCAACAAGGUUUUGAAAAGGUUUAGAUGUUUCCAGUGCCUCCCCUUCCUCCCUUCUUACAACACCACCCAGUAG